AAUUAAAAAAUAUCAAAACUAAGUUAAUAAAAAAUAAAGAGAAUGACUACUGACCCAAGUGAGCAAGAACAAGAGUUAAUCAAAUAAUUAUUAGAAAAGAAUAUAGAAUGCAGAAAAUUAGAUGAUGACUUCUAUGAUUUUAUUCAAGAGUUAUAAGACUCAUCUUAAAUAGAUAUAGGUGAAGGUGGAUAUAACCAAAUGAAAUUAUGGAUAUAGCAAUUCUUAAAAUUAAAAAAUCUUACUUUUUACCCUAUUGAAGAAGAUAACUAGAAUAAUGAUAAUGUUGUUAAUGCUGCUGACAAUUAGAUUCCUUCUCCUCCUAAAAAAGAUGAAUCUCCUCAAGAAUAAAGGAACUAACAACUCUAAGUUGAAGAACAGAAAGAUUAGAGUCCAUCAAAAUCACCAUCUCAAAAUAAAUAGGUCAUUACUUACAAUACUACCCCUUAAAUUCAACCCUAUUAACAGACAACAAAUUAUCCUCCUUAAAAUCAAUAUAACAACCCUGAUGAGAGUUUGAUGAAUGCUUUAGAUUGCCUUGUAGCAGGAGGAGGAGACAAUGUAGGUGGAAACUUAAAUAAUUUCGAUUUUGAUGACGAUGAUAUUGACUUUUUCUAGCCACCACCAUCUAAUUAGGCUCAAAAGAAGAUUGAACCACCUAAAUAAGAAAUUCAUUAGCAUCCUCCAUAACAAAUAAAUACCAGCGAACAAUAGCAAUAGCAUUAAUCACAUCUCUAAUAACAACAACAAUAACCUUAAUAAUAUUAGUAGAAUCAAGAUAUAAAAUAGUAAUAGCCAUAAUAAGUGCAACCAAUUUAGUAUGCUCCCCAAGUUUAAUAAAAUUAAGUUCAAUAGAAUUAAUAGGCCCAGGUUUAGUAAUAGCAAUACCAAUAUCCUGUAGGAAGAAGUCAAUCGGAUGUUAUUCAAGAGCAAGAUAUAAGCAAAAAUGAUGCUCUCAGCAGGACUACAUUAGAGUAGAACAGUAAAAAAUCAUUUGGAUAUAACAGUGGUUAAAAUUAACCCUAGCCUAUUUAGCAAAACUAGCCUUAGCAAAAUAACUAAAAAUAUCCAGUUAUUAAUUACUAAAAUGGACCUAGCACACCUAUUGUACAACCCAAGUAACAAAUAAAUCCAGAUAUAAGUAUGAUGCCCGACUUUUAAACUCCUAAAAUGAUGAAUUUGACUUAAUAAUUUAGCGAUAUUUCUGUAAUAGGGAAUUCAGACGAGCCUUCUAAGUUUAUAACAACUGAAGAGCAUAUGAAGCUGAUUGAAUAGUUUGAAAAAUAGCUCCAAGAUAGAGAAUACUUAAAUGCAAGUUAAAUUGUUGAGUGCCAAAAAGUAGAAUUAAAUAAAAUAGGCAAAUUCCUCAAGACUUACCCUGAUAAGAAGCCCAAAGUCAUGAUUCAAAGCUAUAGAGUUUUGGAAGAAGGAUUCUUAAAGAAUAAUUUUGUCCUAUAUACAGUCAGUAUUACCGAAUUAGGAUGGACAUGCUAUCGUAGAUACAGUGAUUUCAAGAUUCUCAGAGACAUUUUUGAAAACUAAUUCCCAGGCUAUUUCAUUCCUCCACUUCCCAGAAGGACAAUGGCAAGAAAAUUCGAACCUGAGUAUCUUGAUAAGAGAAUGAAAAUUCUUGAAUAGUUUAUGGAAGCUGUAUUAGAAAGUGAACUUCUUCGUAACAGUUAAUAUUUGGAAGAUUUCUUAUUUAUCUAAGACGAAGCAAAAUAUAGAAAGGUAGCCACUAAUGUAAAAGAUGGACCUAUUGAAUUAAACUAAUUCUAUUCUAUUGACGGAAAAAUUAACUGCUAAAAUUCUACCAACUUUUAAACUUAUGGAGCAGCAUUUAGAAAUUACACUCAAAAUCUUACAACUUUAUAUAACAAAGCCAAGUAGUUGACCAAAGAAGUUGUUAAAAACCUUGAUGAUUCAUAAAGAAGUUUGAAGAAUCUCUCUGGAGUUUUUUUGGAUUUAAGCAAAAUUACUAACGAAUUUAACUAGCGCAAUAAAAUCGGUGUCAAUGAAUACUUAUAAAAGUAGUAUGAAGAAAAUAGCAAAUUCCUAAAUGAGUAUUCUGAUUUCCUAGAUAAGCAAUCUAAACUAUUUAAGAAUUACAUCUACCUUAAGAUGAGAUAUGAAAAAAAAGUUUGUGAGGUGUUUGAAGAAAUGUCUAAUAAACGCAACAAGCUGAUGGCUUCAUUUUAAGAUGCCUUUACCAAAAUUAAUUAAAAGAAAUAAAAGCUGUUUGACAAAAAAGACAUAAAAUAAUGGGAACUUCCUCCCAAUCUCCCAGUUGAUCAAAUGGCAUUGAUGUCUGAUUCUAAACUUGCAUUUAAAUAUAUGCUCCCUCGUGAAACUCAACUUGUCAAAUAGAUGAAUAAGAAAAUUAACUUCUUCAAUUCAAACUUGUUUUAUGAAACUCGUAAAUACUUGAAAAUCAGAGAAACUAAGAUAUCUAGUGACUUUAUUUAGUUUACGAUGGAGAAUAGUGAGUAUCUAACUCGAUUAAAGGAAUAUCACGACUAGCAUUUACAAAGAAUCCAGCAAGUAGUAAUUGACAGUCAAUAAAAUAUUAUAAGGCAGCUAGAAGAUGAUAGGAAAGUAAUUGACCAAUCAAUUAAUGGAACUUUCAUGACGGAUUAGCAGUGCUAAGUCAAAAAAGCUUGAACUAGAAAUAUAACAAAUCUUUUUGUUUAGUUACUUAGUUAAUUGAUUGAUUGAUUAGCGUAUUGUCUGUCUAGAUGAGAUCCUAAUUUAAAAAAAAUGAAUUUAUAUAUUUUCAUAACUCAAUAAUAAAUCCUUUUAAUUGUAAAAUAUUUAUUUAUGUUUUUAUGUGUAGAAAUUUUGAUUUAAUAUAUACUUGAAUACUGUUUUUGUUGAAAAAUAACAAACAAAUAUUGUAUAUUUUGAAAAGAAAGAUAAAGAUUAAGAUGACUCAACCUUAAAAUACUACUUAAAUCUUUACCAUUAAGAGAUAAAUAAUAUAUACUUAUGAUUUUAUUGAGUUUGAAGAAAAAAUUAAGGGUACAAAAUAAUGUUUAUGGAGAAUAAUCUAUCGAUGGUUUGCCUAAAAUAGCAAUAGAAAAACUAGAUGAUGAAAUAAAAGACUGAGUGCUAAAAUAAAUAGACAAAAUGCUUCAAACGUAAAAAAAUAAUUAUUAAAUAAAAAUGGCAAUCAAUAUGAAGAUCAAAGAAGGAAAAAUCUUUAGAUAAGAUAAACAGUACUAAAAGUGGAUUGUACAAUUCUAUGUUGAAAUUACAAAAGAAAAGAUGUAAAAGAAAGAUAAGAAGAAGAAAUAUCUAUCAGCUGUAAAGUAAGUGCCCCCCAGAGUUUGGCAAGAUACUAUUCUAAUUAAAUUUUUUUAAGAAGAAAAAUACAUCUUAUAAAUAGGUAACUUGUGAAAUAAAAUACGUCUUUUAAAUAUUUGUGAAGAAAAAUAAUAAAUACAAUAGCAAACAAAUAUUGUAUCUAAGAUAUUUUAAUAUUACUAUUUCAAAUAAGCCUUUUCUAUCUAGAUAUACUUGAGAUUAUUAAUUCUUUAUCAGAGGGUUAUAUUAAAAAUGCUAUAAAAUAAGUGUAAGUAUUUUUAAAAUUGAGCAUAUAUAUAGUUAGUUAUGUGUUGGUAG